CAGGAAGUCGGAUGGGAUUCUCGUACCGAGGCAGAAGCUCCAUUCUUACACCAGAAAAAAGUUUAAUAGUUGCAGAAUAAAGCGCAAUUCAAACAGUGAGAAAUCAGUGUUAAACUUUAAAAAAUUUAAAGCACAAUAAAAAUACAUUAAAAUUAAGGACUGAAGGAAAAUGUGAAUCGUGAAUGAAGUGCUUGGAAGUAUUGUCAAGUGUUCAAGUGAUUUAUUCUUCAUUUGGAUUUAUAAAAGUUGGAAAUAAUCGGUUGUCAUCGCUCAUAAAUAAAUUUGCAAAAAAUGUUCACACUCGCUGAGCGAAAAAAUCCCACGUACUGGUUCCCACAAUGUGAAUGCAUACGAAUUAAUGUCACCAAUUGAAUGAAAAUCCAACGGAUCUUACAUAAAUAAAUAAAUAACUCUCGCUGAGUGUUCUCCGCAUUGAAUGAAAUUCUAAUCAAACCGAAUCGUCGGUGGGAGUCGCUUCCGAUUACUCAUCGAUGCCGUUACAGUCCCCGCAUACCCAUUUCGUCGCGAGUGCUGGUAUCAACGGGGGGUGAUCGCUGUAAAAUACCUACGGCAUAAGGUCGCGUGCCCCCAGUCGCUCAUCAUCGGUGUCCAGGGGAUUAUUUAAGCGCCAUAAGGUGCCCACGCGACCCCGUCUUGCUCCAGUGGUUCGUGAAAACAGAAGUUUCUCCGCUUGGAGACGAGCCCAGGGGGUGGAAUUCAUGACUUCCUGAGCGUCUUCACCGGAUGUUCCGGGGGUCUUAGUAUCUUCAGAGGGGUGGCAACAACACAUUGGCCGGGUGUACAGUGUCUCGUGAUAAAUAUUCAAGAGAAAACAUGAGUUUAAUCAGUUUGGCAGUUGCAAAACUAGUGCUAAAUGAAUAGAAAUGUUAUAUUGAAUUAAUUGGAAGUGAAUUAAAUUGAUGAAAAAAAACAUUUGAAACUGAACGAUCGAAUAAAAUUGUGAUUAUCACGAUGAGUGGAUUUAAACGUAUGCAGAGCAGGGUGUUCUGGGGGCAAAUGGAAGCCUACGAUCUGGAUAAAACUCCUCUCCUCGGUGCCUCCUCCCAACAUUCCCAAAAUUCUUACUGCAAUUUUGGUCGUGACACUGACACGGAGAAAGACAGUGACACGAGUCACGAAGACGAUGAACUAACGGGCAACAGUGUGAACAUGAACAUCACAGCCAUUAGGAUAGAGCAAGUAAUCGAGGAGGGUUCGGAAGUUCAGCUUCGAACCUCAGGAGAAGUGCGUGAGAAUGCGGAGGAGAUCGUAGUACAGGAAUGCUGCAGAUCGUCUAGUCAGCAGUGUCAGGGUCACGGGAGUUUGGACUCGGGUUUCUCGGACUCAGAGAGGUCCAAGAGUCCCGACAUCAUCGACAAUGGAACCCCAAGAAGGCAGAGAAGGAGACGGAGGCGCUCCAGGGACAGACCGAGACCGAAUCCGAGGAUCAGUGCUCUUUUUCGGGAACACGAUCUUCUUCACACCUCGACACCGAAGAGAGAAUUCCCUGGAGCGAGGUCGAGACAGAGUAUGAUAUUCACUAGUGACGAAGAACGAGAACUUUUAUCGCGUAGGAUUGAAGAGGAGAAGGAGGAGAGGGUGGUUGUCACCCCUCAGGAGGAAUGUCUAGGAGACUUUCUCUACACGCACGAACCACCGGAGGAUGACAUUGCCACGUCGACGAGUACUUCACGAGGCUCGACACCUUCGUUCGCAGGGCCCUGGUAUUCAAGGCUGUCAAACGAAUACUCGGGAUCGAGUGGAGCUAGCCCGAGAAUUUCGACCGAGGCGAGGUGCCAGGAAUCCGUGAGGGUGUGGCUGAGAGACCUCGCUGAGGCCGGUGAGGCCGAGUGCUGCAUUGCACUCCAGAGCAAGGCCCUACCGAAGAGAAGGCAAGAGAGGGAGUCGAGGGAGGAGAGCCAAUCGAGGGAUUUAAGGCUUAUGACCGCCACCGCCACCGCUGCAGCCACCGAGUUGAUCAUCAGGGCUGAGGCAUUCACCAAACAUAUUAAGGAUAUAAUCAACAAAGUGUCACAUCUGGAAGGCAGACGAUCGGAGCGAGAGCUCUUGCGCUCCAUCGAAGAAGAGGCAUUCUCAUUCUUAUUAGAACUAGGCGCUCCGCCUCCUCGACGUAUCCACGAAGGAAGUUUACGAUCAAUUCUGUCUCAACUGGAGUCCCUAGAAAAUGUUGUGAACAGCACUGUCAAUACUCGUCUCGAUUUCUACAUUGAAAGAGUGGUGAGAGGUCUGGAAGAUGCUCCAGAGGAGACGGGAAGUGCUGCGAGAGGAGCAUUGGCCGCCCUGACAGCCCUGGGUCUCGCAGGCACCCGAGCAGGGAGCAGCAUAGCCAGGUGCGCUGGAAUCCGGGCUCUCCUCACAUCCCUCAUAUCAGCGGGGAGGCUCUCCAGCGAGUUGCGUGCCUCGACUCUCCGGGCCCUCUCUUGCGUUUGCUGCUGCCCUCAGGCCAUCAAUCACUUUGUAAAGGAGGGCGGCCCAGAAAUCCUGGUAGAUCUCCUAGCGUCUAAGACAUCCCCGGAGAAAGAGAAGAUGGAAGCGGCAGCUCUAGUCGUACAGAUAACAGCUCCUUGGACAGAGGCCCUGGGCCUCCGUCAUCUGGAGCCUUUUGCUAACAUUUUAGUGGACAUUCUAACAUCUCUAGCCGAGGAGACCAAGUGCGCACAGACUCUUCUACUCUCCGCAGCAGCACUCAACAAUCUCGGCGAUUCGAAAAAAUGUGUUUACGCUAUCGUGAAGUCCAAUACCGUCCGAAAGCUUUUGAGGUGUGUGAAAAAGUCAGUUGGGGGUAGCAUUUGGCUGAUGGAACAGGUCGCCUCGCUGGUAGGCAAACUCGCUAAAAUUCCAGAUGUCAGGGCUCAUCUGGCGAAGGCCAGGGCUUCUGUCGCUCUCGUCUGCUUCCUGAGAAUGGCUCCACCGGGGCUUGAAGAAGCUUAUCAAAGGCUAGCUGUCACUGCUGCUGCUGCACUCACACGACUCUGCGUCGACCCUGACAUUGCGAAACAAGUCGUUGCUGUUGGCGGGGCUGAUUGCCUUCCCAAUUACAAUGCUGAAGAGGGAGAGGAUGAGGAGGAUCAGGUUGGACUGCUGAGGUACACCAGAAGUCUCAGGAUUGCCUGCAGACGGGCUGCUAAACAUAUUGACGAGGCAAAGGCCUGCGAUUACACGAUGUGAAUCAUAAUUAGUCACGCAGUUAAAUGCUAUUAAUGAUUUAGAGAUGUAUGAGGAGAGAGGGAGACGGAAGAAAUGAGUCAACUCUGUAAAAAUAGACUUUUAUUUUGUAUCGUAUCUGUAUUGUAAAUAGGUUCAUAAUUAUCGAGGUUGUUUUUAAUAAUUUUGUUUUUAACACUGGAUUGGUGGAUUAAAAUACUGUAUCAAA